CAUCCAGGUGUGGGUGGAAACGCACCGGAUGUGGACGCCCCUUUUAUAGCAUCUACCGUAAACACUCAAAGAGCUGCGCAGCAACCUGCGGCUGGUUUAUCCAGGAUACAGAGGGAUUUUUGUCAGGCAGGGGCUGGGCUCACUUCAUUGCAAUGGAACUUCUGGACAGAACGACGCUACUCACCGGUCCAUGGAGGCUGCCUGGAUAGCAGGAAACUGCUGCAGAAAUCGCUCCACCAUCAGGAACAGGCUGUUCCACCUGUUCUUCACAUCUAAAAUGACUGCAUGUUCUGGAAGACCUAGAGAAAGCUUUUUAGAUGCAGGCAUCUUCUUAGGUGAAGCGUUUCUGAAGUUGCGUUCGGAGGACACUAGUUGCCAAGAGCUGAGGACGGACCUCUACUUUCCAUCAUGUCCAAGACCAAGAGCUCCGAGUCCGUCAAGGUGGUGGUCCGUUGUCGUCCUAUGAAUGAUAAAGAGAAGGCUUCUAAAUUUAACCUAGUGGUUUCUGUUGAUGUCAAACUUGGCCAGAUUAUGGUCAGGAAUCCUCGGGAAGCCAGUGAACUCCCCAAAGUCUUCACAUUUGAUUCAGUUUAUGACUGUAACUCGAAACAAAUAGAUCUGUAUGAUGAAACCUUCAGGCCUUUGGUCGAUUCUGUUCUUCUUGGCUUCAAUGGGACGAUUUUUGCUUAUGGCCAAACAGGGACAGGAAAGACAUACACAAUGGAGGGAGUGAGAAACGAUCCAGAGAGAAGAGGGGUGAUCCCUAACUCUUUUGAGCACAUAUUCACACACAUUUCACGCUCCCAGAACCAGCAGUACCUUGUGAGAGCCUCAUACCUGGAAAUUUACCAAGAGGAGAUCCGGGACUUGCUCUCCAAAGAUCAAUCCCAUCGUCUGGAGCUCAGGGAGAGACCUGACACUGGUGUGUACGUGAAGGACCUGUCGUCAUUUGUCACAAAGAGCGUGCGAGAGAUCGAGCAUGUGAUGAAUGUCGGCAACCAGAAUCGUUCAGUGGGUGCCACGAACAUGAAUGAGCACAGCUCGCGCUCUCAUGCAAUCUUUGUCAUUACAGUAGAGUGCAGUGAGUUGGGUAUGGAUGGCGAGAACCACAUCAGAGUGGGUAAGCUUAACCUGGUAGAUUUGGCAGGAAGUGAAAGGCAGGCGAAGACCGGCGCUCAAGGCGAGAGACUGAAAGAAGCCACUAAGAUAAAUCUGUCACUUUCUGCCCUGGGAAAUGUCAUCUCUGCUUUGGUGGAUGGCAGGAGCAGCCACAUCCCUUAUCGAGAUUCCAAACUGACCCGCCUGCUGCAGGACUCCCUUGGGGGGAACGCCCGCACUGUGAUGGUCGCCAACAUCGGCCCAGCGUCCUACAAUGUCGAAGAGACCCUGACCACGCUGCGCUACGCCAAUAGGGCUAAGAACAUUAAGAAUAAACCGCGCAUCAAUGAGGACCCCAAGGAUGCCCUGCUCAGGGAGUUUCAGGAGGAGAUCGCCAGGCUGAAGGACCAGCUUGAGAAGCGUGUGGGGAAGAAGAAGAAGAGGAGGCAGAGGAGGAGAGCAGGGGAAGGAAGCGAUGGAGAGGACCUGGAAGAUGCAGAGACGGAGGAUGACGACGAAGAAGGAGGCGACUAUUGGAGAGAGCAGCAAGAUAAGCUGGAGCGGGAGAAAAAGGCCAUCUUGGAUGACCACAGCCUGGUAGCUGACGAGAAGGAUCGGCUGCUCAGGGAAAAGGAGAAGAAAAUGGAAGACUUGAGGAGAGAAAAAGAAGUCGGAGAGAUGCUUGCAGCUAAAGUUAAGGCAAUGGAGAGCAAGCUCCUUGUUGGAGGAAAAAAUAUUGUUGAUCACACCAAUGAGCAGCAGAGGAUGCUGGAGCUGAGGAGGCAGGAAAUUGCUGAACAGAAACGGAGAGAGAGAGAGAUGCAGCAGCAGAUGGAAAGUCGUGAUGAGGAGACUCUGGAGCUGAAGGAGACCUACAGCUCCCUUCAGCAGGAGGUCGACAUCAAAACCAAGAAGCUGAAAAAGCUGUUUUCCAAGCUGCAGGCAGUGAAGGCAGAAAUUCAAGACAUCCAGGAGGCACACAUCAAGGAACGCCAGGAACAUGAACAGACCCAGAACGAGCUGACCAGAGAGCUCAAACUCAAACAUCUGAUCAUUGAAAACUUCAUUCCAUUGGAAGAGAAAAACAAAAUCCUCAACAGGGCUUUCUACGACGAGGAGGAAGAGUGCUGGAAAAUGAAGGCCAUCACUCGUAUUGAGGAUGACCACCAGAUGAUGUCCAGACCUCCGUCUGCUGUUGGCUACAGGCGGCCUCUCAGUCAUCAUGCUCACAUCGCCAUGAGGAUGAAGCCUGACAUGAGAUACAAAGCUGAAAACAUCCUGAUGCUGGACAUGGACCUGCCCGCACGGACUACUGAAGAGUACCAGGAGCCAGUUAUUGCCCCGAAGGUGGCAGCAGCCCUGGAGGACGCUCUGAGAGACGAGGAUGAGAUCCAAGUAGAUGCCUCAGGCUUUCACAGCAGCUUGGGACCAACCUUGCCUGCCAGCGGCAGCCUCAAGAAACCAAAGUCUGGCCGACCGAGAACAAGCAAGAAGUCGAGCACCCCGACCUCUCCCUUCAGCCCCUGCAGUCCAGGAUCUCCUCUUUAUCCACAAUCCCGUGGCCUGGUGCCCAAGUGAUGCCUCCUUCCACCGCCACCACCAACCUCUCCUGUGCACCUCCCACUUUAAGACUUUUAGAGGAUGGGGUUUGUUUGGUCAGAAGCUGAAGAAAACCUUUAAGACGCUCGCUGCUCUGUAGGUUUUAAUUGUUACCACAUCACUGUUAACUGCUGCGAUGCAUGAAGUCCCGUAUCACGCUACGUCUGACUGUCUUAAACAUCACUAAGUUCUUAACGUGCAGACUGACUGAAGGCUGCUCAGAGCACUUUGAGACGUCUGUGUCUGGCUGUUUGUUUCCUUACAUCAGUGUUCAGGUUGUGCUAAACUGGACUCUCUCAAAGCUGUAAUUUCAUGUGUCAUUUUCACUUGUUUGGCUUUGUUGCAGAACUUUCUAUCAGCCAUCAGACUCAUUUGCUAAAGAUCAAGCCAGAGGUCUCAUUUCGAUUGUAUUCGUGAGGGUCAUAGAGGAGAAGACAGCUGCUGCAAUCUGUACACGCUGUUCCUUUUAGGCCCAGCAGAAGAAGGCAGAUAAGGAUGGAAGCAUACUAUGAAUUCAUUCUAGGUUGGAUGCUGUUUGGUGCAGACCAUCUCAGCAGGUGGGUAAACCACCACCUCAAAUACAUCAGGGUUCCAAGGUGCCUUAAACCUGCAGUCCUCAAUGUCCUUAUUUAAAAUGUGCAAGCAUAGCCUCUCCUUCAUUCACUCAUUCCCAACAUCAUGGGGACGGGUGGCUGGCAGAUGCACUGCUUGGAUGGAAGCAUAUAGAAACAAAGAGCAACACUGUCAUGUUUAAUAAAAGUACGCCCUUAUUCAAGUGUCAGGUUCUGUGUAACAAAACAUAAUUAAAAUGAGUUUUUAAUAGGUCUAGAAUUAGGUAAAUACCCCUAUAGCUGUCUCAAUGUUCUACCUUCAGGUAAAUCAGAUUGAGGUCAGGACUUUGCUUUCAGAUCAUCCUUUAAUUCUGUCAUCUGCACAUGAUGUUUAUGUCUUGUGAUCAACUAAAGGGGGGGGGGGCUUCUAAUCAUCUGAUCCACCCUGGGCGGUCGUCACAACCCUGUAACCACCACAAGCUGAAAGGAAUGAUACUUUAUUGUGGAGUGAGCAUUGCGUAGAAUAUGAAACAAGGCAAAGACAGCAGCAGAUCUACAUGAGUCUGUGGGUGCACACAGAGCAGACAUCCCCCAGCUGUCCCUCUGAUCUUAGAAAUGUGUUGCUCAGAGGAAUCUGAUGCAGAUGAUGGCAUGUGGAGGAUGGAGACCAGUAAUGUUGCUUGUAUUUGAAUAGCCUGCAUGAGGUCACGGAGCACAGCCCUGUGGUGGACCCUCAUACCAACUGUAUUCUUGACAGUUGGUAUGAGGUGUUUGGGUGCUCCUGUUCAUUCUGGUCAAACAGUUUCGGCGUAUGUUAGUUUCUGAUAAAUGAAUGUUGCUGAGGUUUUUUUCCCAUGUUUAAAAGGACAGGUUCAUUUUUUCAGCACUUCCAGAUAUAUACAGUUGGAAAGAGGAUGUACUUUCACUUUACCAUGACUGUGUAUUCACCGUCUAAGCUCUUCAUACCUCAUCUACUUUUGUAUUCCUCUAUGAAUGAGAUCCUAGCACCUAAAAACCUCCCGUCACCACAGCUGGACUAAAUGUAGACUUGCCCCAAGAAUCAGUCGAAACAUUUGAACGCGAAGGUAGGAGCUCCGCCUUUCUGCCUCUUUGUUACUGUGUUACUGUGAUGCGUGUCGCUGUUCACUUGCUGCUACUGCGGAAGGGUGUCCGACCCACUGUGACAUUUCAACAAGCCUGGGUCAAGUUGCAAACUGCAUCCUCUCACCUCGUUUCUCUCAGUAGCUGAAGCUUUUCUUGCUGUUUGACCCACGCCUGCAAAUAAUUUAGGUAUUUAACAUUAGAGACUUGUUGAUAGGCUAUCCUUAGUCACUUUUAAACGUGUAAAAGAGAAACAAAAAAAUAGGUUACCAUAUUAAAAGAAAAAGUAAUUAUAACUUAUUGAAAUCUUUCAUUUUUAUAUGCAGAUGUAGAUUUUUUUGUAUACUUUGUUUUUCUGUGAAAUACUUUUAUUUUUUGAGCGAUGUAAUUUAAGGUUAAAAGAUUUAUUUUUAGUGUCUUACAUGCAGUAUGUGUAUUUUCUAUUCACUGUGGCUUUUUUGUGAGUUAGUUGAAGUUUCCCUACAUGGUCGAGAUAAGUGUGAGUGCAGAAAAAUGCUGGACUUAUUGCGUAUUGUUGUCUAUUCAACCCACACAACACAUUCUUUAAAAGCAGAACCAACAUUGCAACUCUGUGCUGCAUGAUCUUAGCAUGCUUGAGUAACACAUUUGGUUUUGAUAUUAAUUAUCAAUGUUAGGCAUCUGGCAAGCCCAGUGUUAAUGUCUUUAACUGAACCCUUUUCUAUCUGGAUGAACAAGCUGCAGCACUGGAUCCGAACCUUUCUACUUGUGUGACCGACUUUUAUGUGCUGGUAUUGUUUUCUAGCCAAAUGUUGAUUCUGCAGUUCUGUUUGUGAUUGGUUGUCUUUUUUUUUUUCUUGUUCAGUGUCUUUCCAUCAUUAAAGAAAUGUUAGUGAAA